UGAAUACACAUUGGUUUGUUAGCUGUAUUUUUCUUCCCUUCUGCCACCCUUUAUUUUUCUCUCUCUAAAAAAUCCAAGCUUUAGAUUUCUCCCUUUAAAAAGCUCCAAGCUUUAAAGUUUUAUUUUAUUUUAUUUUUAUUUUCUCUCUCUCUCUCUCUGGCACAGUGAAUGGCAGGUUUGUAAUGAAGGAGGGCGUUUGAAGAAAUCCCAAAUUGAAUAAAGUGUUUUGAUUUGAGGGAAAAGCUUGAAUGGAAGGCAGGGUGCCAAAAGUAGCACAGGAUCAGAAAUGGGGUUGGUUUCUGCAACUCUGACUAGGGCUUGAAUGGGGUUAUUUAUUAUGCUGAAAUCAAUGUUCUUUGCAUAAUUGACUGCUUCCAUGGACUUCUUUUCAGCUCUUUCUUUGAACAGUCUUUUUUAGCCUUUCUCUCUCUCUCUUGGGGGGUCCUUCUUUAUGAAAUUUGGUACUUCAAGUUCAGUGUUGGCUUUGGAAAUGGUAGCUGCCAAACUCGUGUGAGCUUUGGUACAUCUUUUGGGUACUUGGGUUUUGUUUUGGCCCGUUGGCAAUUUCUUCACAACAUUAACUGAAGCUGCUACCUCUUUUUUCUUUCUGGUUCUAACCUUCUCUUUUUAGCUUCACAUAGUUCAAACCUGGAUAAGUUUCUAGUUACUUCUGUUUUUCUAGGGCGUUCAUGUUUGUUUAACUUAUAUUGGGACUUGUGAAGUUUCAUUUGUUAGUUUCUUUGAAAUUUGGCUCCAAUUUUGAUAAUUGUUUCAUGCUGUAACAGCUAGCUACCAUUUAGCCAUUGUUGAGGGUCCUUUGUGUUAAUUUUUUUUCUGAUAUCAUUAUCAGUUAUUCUGAAGAUAUCAUAGGAAAGACUCUGCUGGUGGCUGCUUUGAUAUCACUUAUUAAGAGGAGUUGGAUAUGAGUGACAAAGAAAAGUUUGAGCUAGAUAGAAACGAGGAUCCUAUGAGUUAUUCUACUGGUUUGCCUUCGGAUUGGAGAUUUGGAGGUGCCAAUCUUGCAAAUUCUUCUGUAGGUUUGGUUGCUAUGGGAAAUUCUAUGAAUGUAAGCAGAGGGGAUUUGAUUGGUUCUUCUUCAUGUUCCUCUGCUUCAAUGGUGGACUCAUUUGGUCCAAACUUCUGGGACCAUUCCACCACUUCCCAAAACAUGGGAUUUUGUGACAUUAGUAAUGUUCACAAUAAUGGGAGUUCUUCAAACACAGGUGGAAUCAGAAAAGAAAGCUUUGGAUUUGGAAGGGCUGGUCAGGAUCAUCACGGAACACUUGAGAUGGGUUGGAACCCUGCAAAUUCUAUGUUGAAAGGGGAUGGUUUUUUACCAAAUGGACCAGGGAUGUUUCCUCAGAGUUUAUCUCAGUUUCCAACUGAUUCUGGAUUCAUUGAGAGAGCUGCAAGAUUCUCAUGUUUCAGUGGAGGGAACUUUGGUGAUAUGGUGAACUCAUAUGGGAUUCCUCAAUCCAUGAAUCUGUAUGCUGGGAGUGGUGGCACAAUGCAUGGAACAAGGGAUGCUCCUGCAGGCCAUGGGUUAAAAUCAGUAACUGUAGGACAAUCUCAGGAAAGUGAUCUCAAUGUGGUGGAAGCCACAAAAGAUGUUCCUUCAUCUGUUGAGCAUUUGACUCCUAAAGGAAGCCCUCUCAAGAAUGAUAAAAGAAGUGAAAAUCAUGCUGUAUCUCAAGAUGAAGGGAAGCAAGCCCUUGUUAGGUCAGCUAAUGAGUCUGAUAGAGCUGAAUCUAGUGAUGAUGGUGGCGGCCAGGAUGAUUCUCCAAUGCUGGAGGGUACUAGUGAGGAACCUUCCAUCAAAGGACUAAAGAAAAGGAAAAGAAGUGGACAGGAUGUUGAUAAUGAUAAAGCCAAUGGAGCUCCAGAGUUACCAAGUGAAGGUGCAAAGGACAAUUCAGAGUGUCAACAGAAGGGAGAACAACAACCAACUUCAACAACAAAGGCUUCUGGGAAGAAUGGCAAACCGGGGUCUCAAGCGUCUGAUCCUCCCAAGGAGGAAUACAUACACGUUCGAGCUCGCCGGGGUCAAGCAACCAAUAGCCAUAGCCUUGCAGAGAGAGUGAGGAGGGAAAAGAUCAGUGAGAGGAUGAAAUUUCUUCAAGACCUUGUACCUGGAUGCAGCAAGGUCACUGGCAAGGCGGUAAUGCUUGAUGAAAUCAUCAAUUAUGUACAGUCACUUCAACGACAGGUUGAGUUUUUGUCUAUGAAACUUGCAACAGUAAAUCCGCGACUUGAUUUUAAUAUUGAAGGACUUCUUGCUAAAGAUAUUCUUCAACAACGGCCCGGUCCUUCAUCUGCACUAGGGUUUCCUCUAGAGAUGUCUAUGGCUUUUCCUCCAUUACAUCCACCUCAACCAGGGAUGAUUCAGCCAAUUAUUCCAAACAUGCCAAACUCAUCAGAUAUCCUUCGAAGAACCAUUCAUCCACAGUUAGCACCCUUGAGUGGAGGAUUCAAGGAACCAAAUCAGCUGCCUGAUGUAUGGGAGGAUGAGCUUCACAAUGUUGUACAAAUGAGCUUUGCAACAACUGCACCCCUGAGUAGCCAAGAUGUUGAUGGUACUGUGCCAGCAAAUCAGAUGAAAGUUGAACUUUGAUGUUUAAUCUAGACACCCUUCAUCUUCGCCCCCGCUUGUAUUUUGGCUUUCAUUCUUGUCAAAUGGAAAUAACUAUGCUUAGAGUCUUGCACAUGACAUACCAAACUUGAAGGCCACAACCACCAUACCCUGCAAUAUAUUUUAGAUGAGAUAGUAGUGAGCAAUGUCCUGGUGUCAAUGCCUUGGGGGGGCAGUCACAUUCCCUUGCAGAGGACUGACUCUAGGUUGGAGGAAGUAGAGCAGUAUUCAUGGAAUGUUCCUUUCCUUUCAAGAAUGAAUAUAUGUAUCAUAUGUUAAGUGGAAGUCUAUUUUAUUAAAAUAGGUUUGGUCACUAAAUGUAUUAAAGAAUGUAAAGACAGGAUCUCACUGAGUCUGAUCAAUCAGAAGGAGAAAUGCUAAAGUAUUUUUUUAUUGUUGGGAAUCUGUUCAUGGUUUUGAUUUGAUGCUUGCUAGGUGCUCCUAUAUAAUGUAAUUUUUUUCUGCCCAACAAUCACCUAUGUUAAAUUCUUUCACAGAACAUGUUUGGAUUUAGAUGAUAGACAAUGGAGCUUUUUGUU